CUGCUUCUACUUAAGGUCCCAGCAGCCAUACCCACCACCACCACUGCCUGUCCGCUGUUCCAGCCAUGCCACCGGUAUAUACGUUGCCCCACAAGAUCUCGCUGGUCAACGGCUUCGAAGUUGGCACUGUGUUGAGAAUUCGUGGUGUUGUCCCCAAAGAUGCUGCCAGGUUCUACAUAAACCUGCUGUGCAGUGACGAUCCAGACAGUGAUAUCGUCCUGCAUUUCAACCCCCGUCUGGAUGAAUCCUCGGUGGUCAUGAACACCUGGAAAUGCGGCGAGUGGGGCUUAGAGGAGCUCGGCUUUGGCCCUUCCUUCCAGCGUGGGGAGUCCUUCGAUAUGCUCAUCAUUGCCGAAGAAAAAGGCUUCCAGAUUGUGAUCGGGGACGAGGAAUACCACCACUACCGCUACCGGAUCUCACCAGAGCGCGCGUUCCGGUGCGAAGUGGGCGAGGACGUGCAGCUGGAGUUUGUGAAGAUCUUCUGAGCCUUCCCAGGAGGGCAGGUGGGGACGGGGCACAGGGCUCUUGAGUGACAAAUAAAGUCUUAGCCUCUCGUC